ACAUAGCUUGAUGCGACACUAUGUCGUGAAUCUAACUCGUAUUUUUCGAGGGAAAAGAAUUUAAAUCGAAUCCGGGUAAAUAUCUGUCAAUCAUUCUUGAAACAAUUUUUAGGAAGGAUGUGCCUUUCUUCUCUGUGAAAACUACUACUAAGUCGGAAGAUUCGUAAAUCGGCUUGAUUCAAGAAACUUGGUUCAAUGGUAAUAUGCCGAUGUUAUCAUCAGUCGCCAUUGAGGAUUUUUUCGUCUACGGCCGAUAAAUGGUAGUAGCAUGUUUGACAUAAAUCGAUCAAGGAUCGUACGUACAAUUUCGAGUCGAAUUCAUCUGUCGAAGAUCAACUGUCACAAAUGUGAAUUGACAAAUUGAAUAAACAACUGUCAAAGAGAUAGAGGGAAUAAAUGGAGGAAAGAAUUGAACGAAUAAUCCUAAUUUUUUUUAAAAAGAAAGGGGGAAGAAGAAUGGAAUAAAUGGAGAGUGAAAUAGAAAAGAAGAAAACAAGAUGAUGCGCAAAAUGGCAAAAACAAAGGACAAAUGACGAUUGGUAGUGAUAAUAUCGAAGCGCAAAAUCAGUUUAAAGCAUAAAUAACAAUCAAAAUAGAUAUUGUUUUUUUUUUUCUAGAAAAGAGAAGCUAUGAACGGUAAGAAGAGGAUUCGAACGUACCAAGUUUGGUGGCGGAGGUCAUCACUGUCACGAUGAGGUUAUCGAUGAAUCGAGAAAAGGUGGGGAGAUUUUUGUACGUCGUUGUGAUCGUUGUGAUCGUCCCGCGGAACUCAGUAGAGCGUCGAAAACGCAUCGAAAGUGAUCGAAAGACGACGAAAGACUCGUCGAACGGGAAUUUGAAAAAUUCGAUCGAUUUGAAAAAAAAAUUUCAAGACUUUUAAUUUGAGAAAGAUAAGUCGACUGACGUUGGUAUAAUUCUUUUAAAAACGACAUUAUGGAGAAGAAAAAUAUUGCGCGGGCGAUUCAAAAGAGCUUGAACGGAGGAACGCGAAGACAGCACGUUCGUUGGCUAUAUGGAUUCACUGCAUUGAUCAGCGUCACGAUGUUCAUCCUGUUUUGGUACACAAGCGUAUUUCACGAUACGAUCCUCUCCAAUCUUGAGUUAAAGAAUGGUACUUCGUCCUUUCUGCUCUGGCAAAAGCCGCCUGUUAACCUUGAAAUCAAGAUCUAUGUUUUCAAUUACACGAACGUGCGCGAGUUCGAGAGCGGAAACGCGACUAAAUUGAAGGUAGAGGAGGUUGGACCAUUCAUCUAUCGGGAGAAUUUGAGCCGGGUGAACGUCGAAAUACACGAGAAUGGCACGAUCACGUAUCAGGAGAGGAAAAGAUACCAAUGGAUCUCUGGUAAAUCGGAGAAUGAAAAGGUGAUUGUACCUAACGUGAUGUUGAUGUCGACGCUCGCAUUUUCUCGAAAUCUUAGUUACCUGUUUCAAAUCGGAUUGACCAUGUUCCUCUCGAGAAUACGUGCAGAACCCUUUCUCGAAUUAUCGGUCGGUCAAUACCUUUGGGGUUAUGAGGACGAAUUGUAUGAAGUGGCCAAACGAUUCUCAUCGUUACGCUCGGUUUUUACUCUGGAUAAAUUUGGACUUCUCGCCUUCAAUAACGGUUCAAGUCCGGAUCGCAUUACGAUACACUCAGAAACUGAUAAUCUUGGGAUAAUCGAGCGAAUUAACGGGAUUGAAAAUCAUCAGAUUUGGGGAGAUGAAAAAUGCGAUCGAAUCUAUGGUACUGAUGGCAGUAUGUUUCCACCGCAUUGGAUCAACCAGCUGAAUAAGACGCUCUUCAUUUAUGCGAAAGAUUUUUGCAGGAAAAUGCCUUUUCAUUACGAUCAUCGUAAUUUUUCUAACGGCAUACCCACCUUGAGGUACAAAUUAUCGAGCAACGUUUUUGCGUCGACUCGCAACAAAGACUCGUGUUUUUGCCCGAAGGAGUCGCACGAUUCAACCAUCAGAACAUGUCCCCCAACCGGAACGCUCAACGUUUCUGCCUGCAACUUUGGGACACCGAUGAUCGCUUCCUUCCCUCAUUUCUACACGGGUAAUGAAUCAUUGUUCGAAAAAAUCGUCGGGCUGGAACCUCGACAAGAACGUCACGAAAGUUACAUCGAUCUUCAUCCGCGUUUAGGCAUCACGGUGAACAUGAACAUGAGACUGCAAAUGAACGUAGAGGUACGAAAAGCGGUCGGCAUUCCCUUCUCCGGAAAUCUCGAAGAUGGAUUGAUUCUGCCGUUGAUAUGGCUCGAUACCGGAAUAGGCGAAAUACCUGAGUCGCUUCGACAAAUUUUGUAUAGAAGUCACUAUUUGGUGAAUGCCAUCGAAGCUGUUCUUCAAUGGUGUAGUCUGAUCGGCGCGAUCAUCUCGUUCGGCGCUCUUUUUGCCACGAUGAAGAAAGAAAGAUCGAGACGAAGGAAAGAAUCGAAAGAAAGAACGAAAGAAUCGAUCGAGACGAAACUGGAUUCGAAACUCGAUCGACCGGUCUCAGAGCGGACUGAAACUGAACUCAAUCGAUUGUAACGGAACGAUCGUGGAUGACGAUAUUAUGCACUGCGUGUUUAACGACUUCACCGAGAAUACGGCAUCAACGACCUAAUUUAUUGUUAAUUCCUUCACUUGGCCAAUUGAUUCCUUUUCUCGAUGCUCAUCACGCUCUGAAUAACUUUGAAGAGAAAAAAAAAAAGUCGAUCACGCCACUUUAUACGCGAUCAAUCGAUCAUACGACUAUCAUUACAGACCUAUCCCCCUCUGUCGAAUGUCGUCUAUGCUCGCUUCAAUUGUAUCGCAAUAACAGUAUAGUACAAGAUAGACGCGCGCUCGCGCGUUCAUAUUCCUUCGAGAAAAACCACGUACAAAAUAAUAAGAUACAAUAACGAUGCAAAAUUAUUAAUUGCAGCCAUAUGUAUGUUAUAAGAUGUUUUUCUACGAUUUUUUUUUAUAUUUAUAUAUCUGCAUCGAUAACCUAUGUCAUAUCGACAGACAAGUUUGAAAAACAAAGAUGAACAAUUCAUUCGUUCACACGUGUACACCGGCAGCAGAUUUCCGAUACAUGGUGAAAUCAACUAGCGAAUAUUCUCGUCGUACAUAAUUUUAUUAUUAAAUUGUCACGACAUCGUUUGAAAUUGUCUCGAAUCCGAAUCCGGAUUUCAAAACUA